UUUUGUGGUUAAUGAUCGCAUUAAGUUAGUCGGAAGACAUUCGCGAGUGUUAUUAUAUUGGAGUAUUCAAUAAACAAAGUGUAUCUGCCUAUUUUUGCUUCGUGCCGGGAAGCCGCUUCAUAACUCAAAAGUUUAUGCGGGCUUUUGAGUUAAUUCGUUUGGGGUUCGGAGUAGGAGUCUACUCCGAGGGUGGGGGCUUAGGUUUCAUCAUCAUCACCUUUCAUCAUUUCAUUAAUCAUCAAGAAAAAAAAUACGUCAGACAUGGCUGUAUGGGCAUAGUUCCCUUUGCCUUACCCUUCGGGGAAAACCAAAACAAAAAAAAAAAAAUCAUAUUUUGACAGUUGGUGGAUAUUCAAAUUUUAUUCUGGUAACAUUUUAUGUGUUCUUUCGUGGUGAGUCGUGCGUGUGCCGGUUUCUUCAUUUAUACGGCUCUUUUUAUCUAUUUUAGAUUGAGAAUAAGUUAGAACAAUAGAACACAAUGCACGGAGAAACGGCGCUAACAUUAAUACAGAUAUUAGAAAAGACUAUAUCGCCCGAUCGAAAUGAAUUGGAAGCAGCAGAAAAAUAUUUGGACCAUGCAGCGGUCACCAACUUCACAACAUUCAUCAAGAUGCUGUCAGAUGUGCUGGUGCAGGGCGGCAACAGUCAGGUGGCGCGGAUGGCGGCCGGUCUGCAGCUAAAGAACCACCUCACCUCCAAAGACCUUACACUCAAACAGCAGUACCAACAGCGGUGGCUGUCCCUACCUGAAGAUGUUAGGCUCUAUAUUAAGAAAAAUAUUUUAACAGCUAUUGGAACUGAGAACAGCCGACCAAGUUCAGCUGCACAAUGCGUCGCAUACGUAGCUGUUGCCGAGCUACCGGUGGGCCAUUGGAAUGACCUUAUCCCAAUUCUCCUGGAAAAUGUUGUCAAUGAUCAGUCUUCGGAGCUCAAAAGAGAAGCCACCCUAGAAGCUAUUGGGUAUAUCUGCCAAGAGAUAGACGCAGAAGUCCUGACGGAGCAAAGUAACCCUAUUCUCACUGCGAUCAUUCACGGCAUGCGAUCCGCGGAGCCCAGCAACCACGUGCGCCUCGCCGCUACACAGGCACUCCUCAACUCACUAGAAUUCACUAAAGCUAACUUCGACAAAGAAAACGAGAGGAACUUCAUCAUGGAAGUCGUCUGCGAGGCCACACAGUCUACUGAUAUGAGGAUUAGUGUAGCUGCCCUUCAAUGCUUAGUAAAAAUUCUGUCUCUAUACUACCAAUACAUGGAACCUUACAUGGGACAAGCUUUGUUCCCCAUCACUUUAGAAGCUAUGAAGUCAGAUAUUGAUGAAAUCUCACUGCAAGGCAUUGAGUUUUGGUCUAACGUCAGUGACGAAGAAAUUGACCUCGCUAUUGAGGAAGCAGAGGCGGCUGAAGCUGGUCGCCCUCCAGUCAGAACUUCGAAGUACUACGCAAGAGGAGCCCUUCAGUACUUGGCCCCAGUCCUAAUGCAAAAGUUAACCAAGCAAGACGACAGUGACGAUGAAUUGGAAUGGAACCCCUCAAAGGCCGCCUCUGUCUGCCUCAUGCUUCUCUCCAACUGCUGUGAAGAUGACAUUGUACCGCAUGUCCUACCUUUCAUCAACUCAAACAUCAAAAACGAAAAUUGGCGAUACAGAGAAGCAGCCCUCAUGGCAUUUGGCUCCAUCUUAGGUGGUCUUGAAGCCAACACACUGAAACCUCUAGUAGAAAAGGCUAUGCCCACAUUAAUAGAGGCUAUGUACGACUCUAGUGUGGCGGUGAGAGAUACCGCCGCGUGGACAUUUGGCAGAAUCUGCGAGAUCGUUCCCGAAGCGGCGAUCAACGAGACAUACUUGAAGCCCUUGCUGGAGAGUCUGGUGAACGGUCUAAAGGCGGAGCCGCGUGUUGCCGCCAACGUAUGCUGGGCGUUCACUGGGCUGGCCGAGGCAGCUUACGAGGCUGCUGACUGCGGCGACUCCAAUCAACCGAAGACCUAUUGCAUGUCCAACUACUUCGAUUUCAUCGUUCAGAGGCUCCUCGAGACCACAGAUCGCCAAGACGCGGCACAACACAACCUGCGCUCGGCCGCUUACGAGGCUCUCAUGGAGAUGGUGAAGAAUUCUCCUACCGACUGCUACCAUACUGUCCAGAAGACUACGAUGGUUAUACUGGAGCGACUGCAGCAGGUUCUGCAGAUGGAAACCCACAUAUCGAGUCAAGCGGAUCGGUCGCAGUUCAAUGACCUUCAGAGCCUGCUAUGCGCUACGUUGCAGUCAGUGCUGCGCAAGGUGACGCCAGAGGACGCGCCGCAGAUCUCGGACGCGAUCAUGACGGCGCUACUGACCAUGUUUGCCGGCAACGCGGGCAAGGCCGGCGGCGUGCAGGAGGACGCGCUCAUGGCCGUCUCCACCCUCGUCGAGGUGCUCGGCGAAGGGUUCCUCAAAUACAUGGACGCGUUCAAACGAUAUCUAUACGUCGGUCUCAAGAACCAUCAAGAAUAUCAAGUUUGCGUAGCAGCUGUUGGACUAACCGGCGACAUUUGCCGUGCACUGAAAAGUAAGGUGCUGCCGUAUUGUGAUGAUAUAAUAGUCCUUCUGCUAGAGAAUCUUGGUGACCCGUCAAUCCAUCGGUCGGUGAAGCCGCAGAUCUUGUCUGUCUUCGGAGACAUCGCUCUUAGCAUCGGCCCGGACUUCGCCAAGUAUUUCGAUGUCGUCAUGCAAAUGUUAAUGCAGGCCAGUAAUGCUCAAGUGGAUCGUAAUGACUACGACAUGGUGGAGUAUCUGGGCGAGCUGCGCGAGAGUGUGCUAGAAGCGUACACUGGUAUCAUUCAAGGACUGAAGGGCUCCACAGGGGAGGUACGAUCAGACGUGACGCUAGUGGAACCACACGUGCCCGCGAUCGUCAACUUCAUGAUGGCAGUGGCGUGCGAGCCGGAGCGCACGGACGGGCAGAUGUCGGUGAUCGCGGGGCUGACGGGCGACCUGUGCACGGUGUUCGGGCAGCGCGUGCUGCCGCUGCUGGAGACGCCGCCGCUGCUGGACCUGCUGCAGGCCGCGCGCCGCAGCCGCACGCCGCGCACCAAGACGCUGGCCAACUGGGCCACCAAGGAGAUCCGCAAGCUCAAGCAGCAAACUCCCCUUACGAGCUGAUUUGAAUGGUCCCGAUGCCGCAGUGUAAUGCAGUUUCCGUUAAUUUACUGCUGGUAAACUUAUAUUGGCAGGUCACAUCGCGUCACUACUCAUAAGUCGUUAGGUGCAUUCGUCACAGCCCUAUUCGAGUGCAUACUAGCUGUAUAAUUUAUUUGGCGUAAAUUUUACCAUUAGAAAUUUAUAAUAGUAUUAACGUUUACAGCUUUGGACAUGCUCUCUUCCUUUUUAUUUUCAAUGAGCAUUUUUUAUGGUUACACAGUUUAUUUUAGUUUAUGGUAGGCAUAUUUUAAGGUUUUGUUUAUAAGGCUUCUUUUAACCUGCCUUACAAACAUAUUUUUUGUUAUUUACUAUGAAAGGAAGUGCGGCCGCCCGGUUCCGAUCACUAAGUGACGGCGGUGGAGCCACAGAUGAUGCACCUAACGCAGUAUUCUUAAAAUUGUUUAAGUAUGCCUGACCAUAAUCUUUCCAUAUUAAUCUUAAAAAGUUAAAAGCAUUUUUUCUAUUUGGUAUUAUAAAUACAGACAGUGGCUGUGGUAUCUUUACGUGUGAGGUAAGUGUUAAUAUGAAAGGGAUCGUAUAAAAGUCGACGUAUGUUACAAUAGGCAUGCACAUGUGCAAGGGAGUAUGCGAUUUUUUAUAAAUUAUUGUUAUGUUUUGUAAGACGUAUGGAAGGAGACGUGAAUGAGACGAAUGUGUAUGCGUGCAUGAUCAUCGCAGAUAUUUUGUAAUCUAGGGGUGAGAAGCAAAUAUGAGAAGGUGGAUUAAUGUAUAAAAUUCCGUCAACAUUUUAUGGAGACGGAAGGACGCCAUAUUGGUGAUAAGGCCCUUUUUUCAUCACGAUAUUGAGAUUCUGAGCUAAGCAACGGCACUAUUCGGGACCAUAGCUUGGCUAAAGUAAUAGUUCCUUAGUACUUGCGUAUAGGUACCUGCCCAGGAAAAAAGCACACGAAUAUGUCUCUGGUAGACACGCACACUUGUUUAUAUUAGAUAAAAUAUAGAUAAAAAGAUGUAUGGUUUAUGAUUUUGCACAUUUUUUGCUUCGGCACACAAAUUCAAUUUGUAUUCCUGUAUUCGUGAUGAAUAAAACGCAUUGCCUUCCGAUCUCGAACUUCCAUUGUUUGUACAUAUGUAAUUAAAAGCUCCUUUCUUUAACAUUUAUCUAGAGUGGCGCCUUAGUAUCGACCACGCAAAUAAGCGAUUGAGAGAAACUUGACUGAAAAUAAAAUAUUAUUUACGUAAUACAGUGUAUUCUGGGAAAUAUCUCACAAUUCCAAAAAAAUAACUAGUAAAUGAAUUUCAAAAUAAGUGAAUUCAUAAUGAAAUUCGGAAUCUCAUUACUGGUAUAUUCAUUAUUUUCAGACGAAAACAAUUUAAAUAUUUUUAAGUUCUCUCAAGCACAACAAUUUCCCAAUAUGAUAAUGGCUCCUAAUAUUUGGUUGUUACUUCUUAGGUGUUAAAAUAUUUUACUCAAUCUCAUGUAUGUAUGAGGUAUUCUCUGGAUAUUUAAUUUUUAAUGUCUUUUACCGAUUACAAAGAGCUACGUAAGUACAUGAACUGUAAUUGUAUAAAUUGUAUUUGAUUGAGUGUCUGCUAGUCUGUGAGCAUCACUGACAGGGAUGAUGUUUGCGCGAUAUAUGCAAGAUUUUUUAUGAGAUCAAUUUUCAACCAACUUGGUUUUAAUGCUCUUGGUUUAUUGGGAAGUAGUCAGCGUGUUCGAUGCCAUUACGCCAAUUAACGCGAACUCUUUCCCGACAAACCAGCAAGGGUAUCCAUUAUGUUACUCAAUUAUGUUGAUGUUCUAUCAUCAGAAUUCCCAGUGUCAAUAUUAAGUACUUACAUUAAAUAAGUAUGAUAGGAGAAUGUGUGAGGACUAGUGCCAUGCCGUGAAAGAGGUUCUGAAUUAGAAUCGUAGGCAUCGUGUCGACGAAUACCACCCACUUUUCCUGCGCGAAUCAAAAAUCAAUUCAAAUUAUUUUGUUACAAUUUAUUUUCCUUGCGUUUUGACUAAACUACUUUUCUGUAAACCGUUCUAUUCUAUGGUAAUAAAACAUUUAGAGGUA